AUGUUGACGAUGUUGUUGUGUAAACCGAGGCAGGAGGACGGAAGAAAAGUCGACAGCAACCUUGUGAAUACCCAUGCAGAGCUGCUUGUCAAGGUUACCUCCGGCACUUUUUUAUCCGGUCAAUUACAGAAUUCACUAGACAAAAUCGCAAAAAACACGGAGCUUUUUGAAGAGGUCUUCAUCGGACACUCGUGGAAGCAUCUCGCAGCUGUUUUCGAACGGGUAAGCUGUGAUUGUGGACCAGAGCACCCUCACCGUGCAUAUGAUUUGGAAGUGCUGAAGAAACCUAGAAGAAUAGAAGAACACAGAGGAUAUGCAGUGGAUGAAAUGCGAAAUGGUACACGAGAUUUGGAAACGUUGAUCCGAAAGAACAAAACAGUUCACUCAGAAAUCCGAGUAAUUUUUCUCACUAUAGUACGCGUCGCAAGAAACAUGCAACUGUACUUCGCCGAACAGUUACAUGAGGCGAUGAUGGCAGAACGAACAAACCACCAGACCAUUAUUCGAGUUACCGUCACCCGUAGCGAGAUCGACCUUUACGACAUCGCAGAGGAGUAUAACCGCCGGUACCAACGAACGCUGGCGUACGACAUCCAGAAAACAUGCAGCGGCGACUACAUGCGUCUCGUCGUCGCAUUGCUCUCGAAUUCCAGCAACAAUAACAAUCAAGUAAUGUAG